AUGAAACGGCAACACAAGGGGGCGGCUGAAGCGUGCGGGAGGGAAAGACACGUCCGUAGAGACAAAGUUGUGCGAAUGAAACGGCAAAACUAUGCGGCUGAAGCGUGCGCGAGUGAAAGGGACGUCCGUCGAGACAAAGAUGUGCGAAUGAAACGGCAACACAAGGGGGCGGCUGAAGCGUGCGCGAGGGAAAGAGACGUCCGUAGAGACAAAGUUGUGCGAAUGAAACGGCAAAACUAUGCGGCUGAAGCGUGCGCGAGUGAAAGGGACGUCCGUCGAGACAAAGUUGUACGAAUGAAACGGCAAUACAAC